GGCAGGUAGUUUCGGUUUUGGAUACGACACAGCAGGAGCUCGUGAUGACCUCGACGAUGAUCGUUCAUCCGCUGAUCGCCUGCGGCCUCUUCUUAGGCCUCGCGAGCUGUGCUAGUCAAAAUCGAUAUAUCCUAGUUGGUAACCACGGGGAUUACGCGACUACCAAACAAGCUUCAGCUUCCUGUCCAGAGAGAAAUGGCCGCUUUCCGAAUCCAACACAGUGUGACGCCUACGUAGAAUGCAUCGAAGGUGUUCCCGAGGAUAAAUUGUGCCCCGAGGGACUGGUAUUCAAUCCUGACGCGAGAUUCAAUUAUCCAUGUGGUUACCCCAUAGACGUGGACUGUCAAGGAAGGCCUAAUAGACAGCCUGCACAGUCAACUGAAAUCUGUCCUCACCAAUAUGGCUACUUCAAGGUCGGGGACCAUCAGAACUGCGGUCAAUUCAUGAACUGCGCCGAUGGUAGGGGACAUAUCUUCGAUUGUCCCGAAGGUUUGGCCUUCAAUGCUGCCACCUACCGCUGUGACUGGCCUGAUCAGGUGCCGGAUUGUGAUGCCGAAGCCUUCCUGGGUUUCCGGUGUCCAGACGAGCUGAAGAAUCCGAAUCUCAGGGAUGGAAUCCAUCUCUAUCGCAGCCAUCUCGACUGUCAGCGGUACUACAUCUGCGUAAACGGUCGUCCGCGGUUGCAGAAUUGUGGCAAGGGAAAGGCAUUCAACGAGGACAUAAAUACCUGCGACGACGCGGAGAAUGUCACCAACUGCGAAAUACCAGGUCUGUUGGGAAAGAAAUUGACGCAACUAACGGAGGUUUCUACACACGGAGUAUCUCAGAAUAAAUACGGGCAAUAAUUAGACAGUCAGGAUUAUCGGUUCGGAGGGACGUGGAGUUGUAAAUAACAGUAACGAGGAUGUAGCUAGUACAAACUUCUAUAGUUUGUUCGAUUUUUCGAAUAAAACGAUCCGUUGAAUUUUAACACGAUCUUU